AUGGAAGAUAAAAACAUUCUUUAUGAAUCAAUUCCGACUAGUACAAAUAAUAAUGAACUAUUACCACUUCAAUUAAUACCAAUAAAACCAAACAUUACACAAGAAGAACAAGAUUUAUUAGAUAAUAUUGUAAAAAAUGAAUCUAUAAUUCCAAUGUCACCAAAAAUACCAAUUAAUAUUAAUAAUAAUAAUACUAUUAAUAACAAUAAUAAUAAUAAUAGUAAUAAUGUUAGUAGUGGUAAUCAUAUAACAAAUAGUAAUAGUAAUAGUAGUGGUAAUUUAAAGGAUAGUUUUGAUUUAAAUUCUGUAAUUGAUUCAACUUGUGUUAUGACAUCACCAAUUGCAGUUUCACCACCAAUCAUUAAUAAAUUAAUUAACAAUAAGGAAAACAUUUUAAAUAUUAACGGUAUCCUCGAGAAUAAUAUCAAUUGUACCAAUGAUAAUCAAGAAUUAAUUAAUAUACUUUUAAAUAAAAAUCAAUUACAACAACAGCAACAACAACAACAACAAUUAUAUUUACAACAACAACAAUUACAACAAUUACAACAACAAAUUCAACAAAUUCAACAACAACUGCAACAACAACAACAACAAAAUUCAAUUUUUAGACCUAUAACACCAAAAAUUAUUGAUCAACAAACUCAACCACAACCACAACCACAAACUCAAACAACACAACAACCAUCAUCACAACAACCAUUUUCAUAUGAAAAAACACCAGUAUUAGCAUCUAGAACCAUUUCAACUCAAAAAUCAAAUUCUCCGAUUCCUUUCCCAAAUUUGGGUACUUUAAUAAAUGAUCCAAUAAACUCAACCUCAUCAACAGCAAGUAAUACUAAAUCUCAAAUACCCUCUACCCCAUUGUUAGUUAAAAGUACUGAAAAUAUACAAACAACUCCUCAAAGUAAUAAUAAUGAUAAUAAUGAUAAUAAUAACAACAACAACAGCAAAAAUAAUAAUAAUCUAACAGAUAUUAAUGAGGAUAAAAACAAUGGUAUUGAACAAUCCUCAUCAGGAAAUACCACCACAUCAUCAAUAACAAUGACCGCAGCAGCAACAACUACAACAACAACAACAACAGCAACAACAGCAACAACAACAACAGCAACAACAACAUCAAUAAAAGUUGAACCAAAAAAGAAAUCAACAUCAUUAUGGUCAUUUAAAACAUACCUUUAUGAUGAAAUUCAUGGUGGAUAUUUAUCAAAUGAAGCAAAUGAUACAUUAAAGAGAGAACAAGUUUAUAAUUUUGUUCAUGUGCCAUGGGAACUUGAAAAAUUAAUUUCAUUUGGGUUUUUGGUUUGUUUCGAUUCAUUUUUAUUUUUAUUUACAUUUUUACCAAUCCGAUUCUUUUUAUCAUUUUUAAAAUUUUUAAUUUCACCUUUUUCUAAAAAAAAUAAAUUAACAACCAAUCAAAUAUUUGAUUUAUUUAGAGGAUUUAUUUGGGUAACAUGUUUUGUAUUUUUAAAUUUUAUUGAUUCAUCAAUGCUUUAUCAUUAUAUUAGAGGUCAAGCAGUCAUUAAACUAUACGUGAUAUACAAUGUCUUGGAGGUAUUGGAUAAACUAUGUUGUAGUUUUGGUCAAGAUAUUUUUGAUUCUCUAUAUUGGAUGUCAUUCAGUCUUACAAGUUCAAAUAGAAAUAGACAGGAUGGGUUAGUACCAAAACAAAGGAAUGAAACUAGAAUUUUAGGUCCAUUCACUCAUCUUUUGGUUGCAACAGGAUAUGUUUGUUUACAUUCAUUAGUAUUAUUUUCACAGGUUAUUACAUUAAAUGUUGCAAUUAAUUCAUAUAAUAAUGCAUUGUUAACAUUGAUGAUAUCAAAUCAAUUUGUUGAAUUAAAAGGAUCAGUAUUUAAAAGAUUUGAAAAGGAGAAUUUAUUUCAAAUUUCAUGUAGUGAUAUUGUAGAGAGAUUCCAAGCAUUUAUUUUCCUUACAAUUAUUAUUUUUCAAAACCUUUCAGAUUUAAAUUGGGAUUUAUCUUGGGAUUUUGCAAUUAAUAUGUUAACAGUGGUUGGUACUGUUUGGGGUUCUGAAGUUUUAGUUGAUGCGAUCAAACAUGCUUUUAUCACUAAAUUCAAUAAAUUCUCACCUCAAAUGUAUUCAAAAUUCUUUGUACUCUUAUCCGAUACAAUAGUUGACCCAAGGAAUAGAAAUUUCACUGAAAGUUCAUGGGGUGUAAAUAAUAUAAUUGGUUUUGUACCAUUUCCAUUAGCUUCAAUUGUUGUAAGAGUAUUUCAUAAAUUCAUUCCAUCAAAAGGUAUUUUUGGUAUAUUUUUAAUGGUUCAAAUUUAUAUAUGUCUUGUACUUUUAAAAAUAUUUAUAAAAAUCAUUAUCCUCGGUCAAUGUUUAUCAAAAACCACCAAUUAUGAUAACACAACAACAACUAUUUUAUCAUCAUCAUCAUCUUCAUCAUCAUCAAAUUCAUUAAAUACCACUUCAACAACAUCAACCUCAACUUCAACAACAAAUGAUAAAAAAAACAAUUAA